CAGGACUUCCUCUUUGGUUUCUUCAUAUUUCCGUAGCCGCCAAAGCCAUGCUCUCACCGUCUGAUCACUGAGAGAUCGAAAAGGAGAUUUGGAUUCAGAAUACAAUUGGGUUUAUGCUGAAACUACUACGGAGGUUCCAAGGGCUAAGAGUCUCUUAUUAACCUACCCAUAGGCCCUUAGGCAUCUCUGAACUUCAGUAUGUCUCUUCAGCACAUGGACCUUUGGAUCAUCUUUCUGUUUGCCAGUGCAGUGGCCAGUGACAGGUGCCCUCCUGCAUCUCUGCAGCUGCAUCCAUCUGAACUGGUGGUGGAAUAUGGGGGAUCACUCGAAGUUAACUGCACAUCUCUUAAUAACAGUGCAGUAAAAUGGCAGAUACGUCCAGAUCUCAAUGACUUGAUGGAGCCCUAUGACCUAUGGAACACACGGUGGACAGUAGAAAACCUGCAAGAAUGGGACAUAGAAGCACAAUGCAUUCUAAUUCUGAAUAAUAGUCUGACUGAUGAUCUGAUUAUGAUUGAUGAUCUGACUGAUAAUCUGACUGAUUUUCAGUGCUAUGAAAACCUAUCUUUAACAGUCUACAAGGCUCCUGAAAAUGUAUCCAUCACUCUUGUGAACCACACCGAGGUAAUGGGUGAUGGCAGACAAUAUGAACUCCAGUGUGACGUCUUGGAUGUUGCUCCAGUUCAGAACCUAACUGUACGAUGGUACAGAGAAAAUGUCACUGUGAAUGAAUCUCGAUUCACGGAUACUGAGAGGGGUCCACGUAAUGUAUCGGCUUCCCUCCUGAUCUCUCCAACCCGAGAGGACGAUGGAGUUCUGUACCGGUGUGAAGCAGAGCUAGAUCUGGGACCACUGGGACCAAACCCACCUCUUACACGCUCAUUUGAUCAGCUACACAUCACUGUGAAAAAGGAUUUGUCUCUGUGGACUGAUGCAGAAAGGACUGCCGUGGCAACAAUGCCAACGUCAGCGAUCACAACCACCGCCACUGUAACCACAGGCACAACUGGGGUCCCAACAUCAACUCCUCUACCAGACAUCCUGUCAAACAUCGAUAUUGUGGCGGUUUCUCCUGGGGCGAUGGCUGUGGGCAAAAAUUACACCCUGUCAUGCCACAUCGAAAUCCCCCAAACUGUUGGCAAUGUCACCGUGAAGAUGUAUAUAGGACAGGUUCUGCUGAACACAGAAAUAAUAGAGAACUGGGGGGAUAGAAAUAUAACCAGUGAUUUCCUGUACACAGCCCUUAUAAAACAUAAUGGGGAAAAAUACCAGUGUGUUGUAGAAUUCCAGCAACCAGGAAAGGAGUCUUUUCUUGAACACAAAUCAAACACCCUCAACAUUGAUGUGUACAGUGGCUGUCCAGUUGCAAUCAAUCCCUCUACUCUGGUGGUGAGGUAUGGAGGUCCUGCUUCAUCCACCUGUCGUUCAAGUUCACCCAUCGGCGGCAUGGGCUGGGAGUCCCCUGUGGGGGCUGUGGGUAUGGAGGAGGGAGUCACUGAGCUCAACUGGACGGUGAAGGAGCUGAGAGAGUGGACAAGCCUCACUGUAAAAUGGUUUAAACAAGUACCUGUUGAUGGAAGCACUGUUCCACUGCCGGAUGAUGAACGACACCAGAGCAGCAUCAGUAUUGGUCCUCAAAAUCUUACCAGCGACUACAUGAUUACUCCUCAUAUAUCAGAUAAUGGAACACAAUAUUGGUGUGAGGCAGAGCUGGACUUAGGGCCAGGAGGACCCCCUAAACUGACUUCAGCCCCACUCACCAUCAUCGUGUACAGUGGCUGUCCGAUUGACAUCAGUCCUUCCACUCUGGUGGUGAGGUAUGGAGAUUCAGCUUCAGCUGACUGCCGUGCAUUAAUACCUCACAACGGAAUUGGCUGGAAUUCUACUCUUGGACCUGUAAGCAAAGUGAGGGAUAUCCAACAUGUCACCUGGAACGUGGAGAGCCUGACAGAGUGGUCAGUGAAGCCCAAGUGUGUCAUUGACACUGAUGAUGAGCAGUGUGGUCAAGACCUCAAUGUUUCUGUUUAUUCUAUUCCAGAUGUUAUCACUCUAACAGCGAAUAUUGCUGGAGCAAUGGCUGAAGGCAAGACCUACAGCCUUUUUUGCCACAUUGAAAACAUUGCUCCUGUUCAGAACCUCACUGUAAAGUGGUUCAAACGACACACUGUUUAUGGAAGCACUGUUGAAAGGAUGUUGAUGGAUGACCCAAAACACCAGAGCAUCAGCAGUAUUAGUUCACAAAAUAUUACCAGUGACCUCCUGAUUGCUCCUCAUAUAUCAGAUAAUGGAGCACAAUAUUGGUGUGAGGCAGAGCUGGACUUAGGGCCAGGAGGACCCCCUAAACUGACUUCAGCCCCACUCACCAUCAUCGUGUACAGUGGCUGUCCGAUUGACAUCAGUCCUUCCCCUCUGGUGGUGAGGUAUGGAGAUUCAGCUUCAGCUGACUGCCGUGCAUUAAUACCUCACAACGGAAUUGGCUGGAAUUCUACUCUUGGACCUGUAAGCAAAGUGAGGGAUAUCCAACAUGUCACCUGGAACGUGGAGAGCCUGACAGAGUGGUCAGUGAAGCCCAAGUGUGUCAUUGACACUGAUGAUGGGCAGUGUUCAAAACUGCUCAAUGUCAUUGUUUACCAGAUGCCCAGCAGUAUAACCCUGACAACAAAUCAUACUGGCAAAAUGACUGCUGGCAAAGAUUACAUCUUUACUUGCCACAUUCAAAACGUUGCUCCUGCUCAGAACCUAAUCGUGAUGUGGUUCAAAGGACAGACUCUGCUGAACGAACCGCACAAAUAUCAGGGCACCGGUGAGGGUCCCCAAAACUUGACCUUUGACCUUCGUAUUCAACCCACUGCAUCUGAUGAUGGAGCACAGUACAGGUGUAAGGCACAGCUGGAUCUUGGCCCUGCCUUGCUUGAAGUCGAAUCAAACCAUCGUGUCAUUAACAUACCUGCUGACUGGACAACCACUAUUAUAAUAAUCUUUCUCAUCUUUGUUCUGAUUAUAUUGGUCCUGAUACUUGCAUUUCGAUACUUAAAAAGUAAACAGGGGAAUUACAGCGUUGUGCAGACCCAUAUCCCUCUGACUGAAACUCCCAAUGGAAAUGCAUGA